AUGUAUUACACAAUGCGCGAGCUGAUGCUCCCGUGCGAGUGGCACCACGGCACGUUCCAGUUCAUCCGCAGCAAGAAGAGCCUGCAGCAGGAGCGCGGCCGCCAGGUGGCGCUGGGCCACUGGCUGCUGUGGCACCCCUACAGCCCCAUCAAGUACUACUGGGACUGUAUGCAGCUCAUCGUCUCCUAUAUACUCUUCCUGUAUAUACCCUUGCAAGUGUUCUAUCAUUGUCCAAAUCCCUACGACCCGAUCAUCCUGUUCUACGACGGGCUGGCAUUUCUGGACAUCUUCAGCAAGUUCAUCACUGGCUACUGUCACGAGGACGGGAAGAAGGUCACGUUGGAGCGCAAGGAGAUCGCCCGGUUGUACUUGAAAGGGAUGUUCAUAUUCGACUUCUUAGCAGCUCUGCCACUACAAUGCAUCAAGAUCUUUGACGACUGCAAGUAUUCAACGCACACGAUGUGGUUUGUCUUCAAACUUUUCAGCCUGAUGUCCAUGCGUAAACAAUGGCAGAACUUCUACAAACAAAUGGGCUUGUCGUACGUUGCGUCCGUAGGCAUCACCGUGUUCAUGCGCGGCGUACUGUUCUUCCACUGGAUGACGUACCUCCUCUACCAGAUCCCUUCGUUCUGCGCUCACUACUACAAAGACAAUCUAGACUCGAUAUCCUGGUUCAAACGGCUCCACGUCACCGAUAGUGCAUCUACGACGGUGUUUCAGAAGUACAUGUCAAAUCUGUACUUAAUCUGUGGCCUGUGCAACGGAUCGAGUCAUUACAGCCCGAUGGCCGACUUUCUCAUACCAGAAAUGCUUGUCAACUCGGCUAUGGGAAUAGUCGGACUGAUGUUCUUGACGUACUCAUUUGCGACGUUACUACGAUUGGCGAUAUACGGAAGAUUCGAAGUACUGCUUUACAAUGGCAGGCUGAAAGAGCUGACCGAUUACAUGGUAUUCAAAGGUCUCCCGAAAACUCUGCAGCGGAAAAUCCAGCUGUUCAUUAACUACAAAUUCUACGAACACUAUUUCAACGAGCAAGCGAUUAUGAACACUGUCAACGAGCAAAUAAAGCAGGAUAUAAAUAUGCACUGCUGUAAAAAAUUGGUGAUGAAUGUACCGAUUUUCCAAGAUAUGCCGAUAGCACUGAUCAAUACGAUUGUGUUUAGUUUGACGCAAGCACUGUACAUGCCAGGAGAGACAAUAAUUAAGUGUGAUCAAUCCGGGCAAUCGAUCUACUUGAUAUAUUCAGGAACUGUCGCUGUUAUCAACUCUACAGGAAGAGAAGUAGCUCAUCUUCGCGACGGAUCGUACUUUGGUGAGGCGGCGCUGUUGGACCCCGGAGUUCUACGCACUGUUACGAUUAUAGCCCUCGAGAUUACGGAAAUGUACAAGCUCAGCACGAAAGACUUCCAAACGUGUCUGCAACCAUACCCGCACCUCAAACGUCGCCUGGAGGAAUCCAGCACCAAGCACAAGCGGAAGGGAAGACGCAGAGAGUAA